AUGGCUUCUGGUAUAACAAAAUUAGCAGUAGGCCAUCCAUUUGAUACUGUCAAGGUGCGUAUGCAAACAACAAGUAGAUUAGAUGGAAAGUUUAAAGGUCCUUUAGAUUGUCUAUUAAAAACAAUUAGACAAGAAGGGCCUACUGCAUUAUAUAAAGGUGCAACACCUCCUUUAAUUGGCUUAUUACCAACUAUGUUAUUUAGAAGCUGGUUUUUUGUAUUUUGGAGUUCUUAUGAAGUAUUUACUAGAGAGCUAAAAAAGACAAACUUAAAAGAAGGCACAAUUACAUUUAUUGCUGGUGGUUUAAGUGCAACUGCUUUUUGGAUUGGCGCAUUCCCUGCAGAUAUGAUUAAAAAUCGUUAUAUGACACAACCUGAUAUUUCACCAAAAACGUUUCCAACCCCUACUUCUGUUGCUAAAUUUGUUUAUCAGACUGAAGGCUUUAAAGGUUUUUACAGAGGUUUUUUGCCUUCAUUUUUACGUGCAUUUCCAACAAAUGCGUCUGCUGUAUUCAUACUUUUAUUUGCCAUUCCUAAAAAAGGAAGACUUUAUGAACAAUGCAUGCAAUUAUUAAAUGGUUCAGAUAUUCAUUUCAAUAGACGUUCACGUCAAGACAUUGCUUUAUGUACCAAUUUACCUAUUGCUCUCAUCUUUUUACCUGCCGCUGACAUUCCCAAAUAUGUUGCAGAAGGUAAUGUCGACUUGGGUAUCUCAGGACAAGAUAUGGUUAUUGAAAAUGAAGUAGAGGACAAGAUUACUGAAAUUAUGGAGCUUGAUUUUGGUAAAUGUCGUUUAUGUGUCCAAGUCCCAAUUAAUGGACCAUUUAAAAAGAUGGAAGAUUUAGCUGGUAAAAGAAUUGUUACCAGUUUUGAUGCAGUUGCUAGAAAGGUAUUUGAGCCUAUUGAUAAGGCUAAAGGGACAAAGACGACGAUUAACUAUGUUUCUGGUUCUGUUGAAGCUGCUUGUGCUUUAGGCCUUGCUGAUGGUAUUAUUGAUCUUGUUGAAUCAGGAGAAACGAUGCGUGCAGCUGGUCUUCAUGACAUUCACACAUUAUUUGGAACACAAGCUAUUUUAAUGUCUAAUAAGAACUCCCAACAUAAUGAAUUGAUUGAAAAAAUUACUUCUCGUAUUCGUGGUGUCAUUACAGCUAGUAAAUAUGUCCUUUGUACAUAUAAUGUUGAACGUUCUAAUCUUGCUCAAGCUGUUCAAAUUACACCUGGUCGCCAAGGUCCUACUAUUUCUUCAUUAGAUUCUCAUGAAGGAUGGGUAGCCGUUUCAGCUAUGAUUGAAAAGAAACAAAAGGGUGAUAUUAUGGAUCGUUUGUCUGAAGUAGGCGCUACAGAUAUCUUGGUUAUAGCAUUUACAAACUGUAGAGUUUAG